ACCGUCGUGGUGUUACAGCUAAAUAAGUAUUGCUAGACCCCUCGCCGAAAAGAGUGCACUGCACAGGCGGGUCAGCAGCGGCUUCUGUGGGACGAUCGUACGUCCUCCUACCCUGGUACCCAGCUCCUACCUACAUAUUCUUGAGCCUUCAUCGACAUCGGUACUACGAACUUGAAGGCUGCGUGGUCACUCGGACACCAACAAAAUGGAGGAAGACGACUGGAUUACAGCUGCAACGUCCGAGGGCAUUCCUCGAUGUCCAUCGAUUCCGCAACUUCCUGUUGAGGUCUGUGGACGAAUUAUCGACCACGUAGCAACCGGAGUGGAUCACAAAUACGUGUCCCUGACGAGCGACCCACAUCUAUCUACUCUCGCGUCCUGCGCGCUCGUAUGCCAAGACUGGUACUACCUGACGUGGUACCAUCUUCGUCAACGCAUCCAUCUACGACGUCGGGAGGAUGUCCUCUCACUCUUCAAGACGCUUCGUGAAAGACCGCGCCUCCGUGAGGCCGUCCAACAGGUCAUCAUAUCCGGUGCCUUACCUGGGUACCGUCAGCCGAUUGGGCACAUGGGGACAUUUGCCGUCAUGCUCGCUGGCAAGGCUCCCAGGUUGUCGAGGAUCACCAUCACAGAUGCUAAAUGGAUCGCGGGCGCGGUUCGAAUGGUGGACGUCGGCUACCUAUCCAGGUUCAGCUCCAUUAACACUCUGAACAUCAUCAACGUUACCUUGUCCAGCGUUUCCCUGCUGUCCCGCCUCGUUUCGGCACUCCCGCGGCUGAGAGAGUUAUCAUGCAUCAAUGUCGACUGUUUGCAGAAACAGCAGGUCUUUCCCGGCUCUCUUCCGCUGAACUGUGCCAACAUGGAGUAUCUCGGAGUGCGAUGGGUUGCACCAGAACUCGAAGACUUUCUCGUGCAGAUCAGCCGGGCUUCUCGCGUGCGUGUUCUCAUUCUUGCGGUAGUUGGCGAGUCGGGUCCCCCCGAGUCGGCAGCCAGCCGCAGUCAGACUCUGCUGGAUGCAAGUUCCACAUCUGCGGAUGUGGUUGGGCUCAGGUUCUGGGUCGAUCCUACUCCCAUGCCUGAUGGGACAAUUGAUGCUACUGUCGAGCGACACUACAACCUUUCACACCACGACCGCCUGUGGAGGUUGGAGAUCCACCUAUAUCACCCCUAUGCAGCGUGGCCCUGGAUCCCGUACAUAUUGUCUCGCAUCACCUCAAAACACUUCCAGGCCAUGUCUGUCAUGUUGGUCAUUCGGACAGACCACAUGGCCGAUGACCUGGGCGAAAUGCUAACGACGAUGGAGCAAGAUAGUGUGUUGGGACGAUUGGACAGCAUACUGCAGGAGGAGCACUUCUCCAGUAUUGUCGUGUCACGCGGCAUCUGUCUAGGCUUCGACACUCAUGAUGAUACCUGGACCUCUGGCACACUGGAGCCGGGUUCAGCACUCCGAGAGCGGUGGGAUGAACUCGCCAGGCAGAAGAUGCCACACUCAGAAGGACGAGGUAUACUAACCACCAUGCAUAAUUACCAAGAUUUCAUAGUCUGGCGUGAGGACAUGGAAAGAAUCCAUCGUGCGCAGGCCACGCAGCCAAAUACCGGAGGAGAGGCACAGCGAGAAGGUCAAGAUAUCGAGAGUCCUAGAGGUGGCACAGAUUGACGUCCUUGCUGCCCUGCACCCUCGCAGGUAUUGUCCCAUGGAGUGCCGUGCCCGCGCAGAAUGACCAUGGCUGGAACACGGGUCGAGACGUCGCUGGCAUGGGAACCUAAGAUGUUCAUGCUCACUUAUGAUCACAUACCGCACCUGCAUGACGGUUUCUCGAAGCCAGGAGAAUCAGAUGGAUGUAUUGUGCUCCAGUUAGACAAUGAUAGUUGAACAACAAGCCUCGGGCCGUCGAUCGAUACAAAAUACAUCUACAGAGUACGC